UGAGUGUGGGACAAAAGGAAAAGAAAAAGAAAAGAAAGGGGAAGGCGCAUGCGCAUGCGGAUCGAUCAUUUGAUCGUUCCUGAAAAGUAAUGGAAUGGAUGAUACAAGUUAAUGAUGAACUCGAAAACAUGGCGGAUAUAUAUACUUCAACUGAAAUGGAGCGGUGGCAAAAGAGUUCAAUCUACAAAGUACCGGCACGCGUCACAGACCUAAACACAAAGGAGUACAUACCUCAGGCAGUCUCCUUCGGGCCUUACCAUCUUGGGAAAAAGCAUUUAAACCAGAUGGAGGAGCACAAGCACCGAGCACUCCUCCAUUUCCUAAAGAGAUGCAGAAAACCUCUUGAAUUGUUCAUCAACGCUUUAGCCCAAGUGGUGCAAGAGUUGAAAGACUCGUAUGAGCCGCUUGAUCCGGUGUGGAAAUAUGACACUCCCAGAUUCCUGCAACUAAUGAUUCUGGACGGCUGUUUUAUGCUUGAAAUCCUGCGUACCUCGACUAGUGUUUUGGAUGACUAUGCUCCCACUGAUCCAAUAUUCAGCAAUCAUGGGAAGCUCUAUCUCAUGCCAUAUAUCAAGCGUGACAUGCUGAUGCUUGAAAAUCAGCUGCCAAUGCUGGUUCUUGACCGGCUGGUUCAUGUCGAGAACAAUGAGGCGAAGGAUAAAGAGUUUGUCAACAAUCUCAUAGUCCAGUUCUGCUCCCUCUCACCCAACACUCGCAUUUCAAAGAUGGGUAAAUGCUUGCACGUAUUGGAUCUGCAUAGGAAGAGCCUGCUUCGGGAAAACCACAGGCAAAAAUCACGUCAAAGGAAGUCGGCCGGAGUAAACCACGCAAUUGGUGGUGACGAGAUCAUUCGAUCUGCUGCAGAGCUUUAUGAAGCCGGAAUCAGGUUCAAGAAAAGCACAAGUGGGAGCCUCAAAGACAUCUCCUUCACUGGCGGGGUCCUUAGGCUCCCAGUCAUCGUUGUGGAUGAUGCCACGGAGUCAAUGUUCUUGAACCUUAUAGCCUUUGAGCGUUUCCAUGUAGGGGCAGGCAACGAGAUUACGUCCUAUAUAUUUUUCAUGGAGAACAUCAUUGACAAUACCAAUGACGUUGCCCUUCUACACUCGAGCAGGAUCAUACAGAAUGCCAUCGGUAGUGACAAAGCCGUUGCCAAACUCUUCAACUCACUCUCCAAGGAUAUAACUCUCGACCCAUAGAGUAGCCUCUAUGUGGUGCAUAAAAGAGUCAGUGACUACUGCAAGAAGCCCUCCAACCAGUGGCGUGCCAAUCUCAUUCAUACCUAUUUCAGAAAUCCAUGGGCUAUUCCCUCCUUUAUUGCUGCAAUCUUCCUCUUCGCCCUCACUAUAGCUCAGACCAUAUACACCAUAUAUCCUCACUAUCAUGAAUCUCCUUCAUCCUCUCCUCACCAUUGACAUCCCAACCAAAUGUCUUUUGGAUAUUUGAUUUUA